CUCCUUUCCGGCCUGCCUUCGGACUUUCACUCCUCAGGACAUCUCGGGUUGUCUCAUGAACGUUCGUUUCGGCAUUGAGGGCGGGAUGCAACAAUCAAAGACGGGGCUAUAAAUUUGUCUGCGUCUUUUCCAAUUCUACCAGCAAAGCCUCUUCAUCACCAUUCUGACUCACUCUUUGAUGAUGUCUGCUUUUUUAUUGAGCGUACUAGUACUGCCGGUCGUGUUGGCUACUCCAGGACAAUAUCCUCUUCAGCGAGUGCUAUCCAAAUACUUCGACGUGCAGGCGCAUCGCGGAGGACGGGGAAACACGGUCGAAAGCAUACUCCCGGCGUUCGCUUGGGCCUUAAUAGAUGGGGCCACGACUUUGGAAUUAGACAACGCUAUCACCAAGGAUGGCGAGGUUGUCGUAUGGCACGAUGAAAACAUUGUGGCAACAAAGUGCAAAGACACUGGCCCUGCUUUCGCGAAUGACACCCAGUUCCCAUACGUAGGAAAAUACAUUGCCAAUCUCACCCUUGCGCAGCUCCAAACGCUCGAUUGCGGUUCGAAACGCCAGAUUGAUUUCCCGUUGCAAUCAACUUACCCCGGCGUCAGGAUUUCAACACUCACGGAGCUGUUUUCGUUCGCAGAAUGCGCAGAUCCUGACUUUCGUAUCUUGUGGAACAUCGAGUCGAAGGUUAACGCGGAACACACAAAUCAAACACGAAGUCCCGAAGAUUUUGUUACGAGACAGCAUCAUAUUUUUGUAAAUAGCCCGUAUCGACAUUCAAUCACAUAUCAAAGCUUUGAUUGGAGGACGUUGGUAGUCAUGAAGGCUCUCGACCGCUCAAUCCCGACUUCAGCCCUCGUCGAUCUAGAGACAGCAGUGAUGCCAGACAACGAAACCUCGCCAUGGUUAGCUGGCCUCCGUCUUGACGCUUUCCCAGGUGAUAUGUCCGCUCAGAUCGCCAGCGCAGCUCAUGCUAUAAAUGCCGACAUCCUCUCGCCUGCUGAUGUAGCAUCCGUAGUCGUGGACCCUACGCUCCCCGAGUAUGUUCCGUUUACUACUCGAAGCAUGGUUGACUACGCACACCACUUGGGUAUGCUAGUCAAACCCUGGACGGUCAACCGUAUGAGCAUCGUAGAGCAUCUCCUGGACUGGAACGUGGAUGGAAUUAUCACUGAUUAUCCAAACAUGGUGCGCAGGCUGGUCCAGCAACGAAGCCGCCCAGUGGCCCCAAAAUAUCCAAAGAAGCGAGUAUUAGAAUGUCUUAAUCGACACUUGAAGAAGGCGAUGUCGCCCUCCCCUCAAUAGAGUAUCUACCGUCUCA